UCAUCGCUGGCUCCCCGGCGCUCCUUACCAGUGGCUUCUGCGGUCACAUGGGUUAUGUGCUGGAGUUUAAAAGAGCUUAUAGCCCCCGAGCCGGUGCAGAAGCAGCCGGUGGUUGCAUGGGGUAGCACCGGGAGCGGCGGCAAGGAAGGCGCCGAAGCCAUCUCAGCACCUUUCCCCUGUGAAGACCCGGGAGUGCAAAAGCUUCCUUCUGCGGGGACCUUCCCACCGCUACCGCCAGCUCUAGCCUCCACUCUCCACUGCUCCCCUGCAAGCGUGAAGCCUCCAUCCUCUCCAGCUAUCGUGGCAGCCCUUCUGCUUUCCUGAAUAGAAUCCCAGAUCUGAGCAGUGAGGGUUGGACGAGCAGCCAGAAGAAUCGCCCAGGUGUUUAUGAGAAGUUGGGGACGCCCCAAGGACUCUGGACUGGUGGAGAGAAGUAUUUCCCUUUGUGCUCAAGAUGAAUGUGGCAGUCUUCAGGUCAAUGGCUCCAGUUUUCCCUAAGCGCUAAUCCUCAGCUAUGCAGGAGGACUCCUUCGGCCCCGCGAUAGUAGGGGAGAGACAGAUGUUCAGCAGAUAAUUAGUGCAGUUGUGCAGCGCCUUCCUGCUCGAAGCCUGGAUGCCAGAGCCUCCAAAUGGCUAACCCUGUCCCGUCAGCCUGCUGCGUGGUGCUCGCCGCGGUGGUGGUGGUGUACGCCCAGAGGCACAGCCAGCCGGAGAGUCACACCCAGUACGAGCGGGUAGGUGCAGACGUGACCAUGAAGUGUGGCUCCAUGGACUGGGACGCAGCCGUGACCUGGACAGCCAACGGCACGGACAUCGACGAGUCCCACCUGAACGGCUCCUACCUGAUCCUGAAGAACGUUGACCUGUCGCAGAGCGGCCAGUACUCCUGCUACGAGGGCUCCUCCUGGCACCUCAAAUACCAGACCUACCUGAGGGUGGGAACCCCCCCGAAGGAGCCUGUGCUGAUGUGUCGGUCCAACAACUACCCGAAGGGUUUCUACUGCAGCUGGCACCUGCCCACUCCUACCUACAUCCCCAACACCUUCAACAUCUCUGUCAUACACGGCACAAAAGACAUGGUCUGUGAGAAGGAUGCCGUUCCCAAAAACAGGUGUCACAUCAGAUACCUCCAGCUCUUCUCGACAGUGAAGUACAAGGUGACUCUGACAGUCACGAAUGCUCUGGGCAAAAACUUCACCACGCUCACCUUUGAUGAGUUCGCCAUAGUAAAGCCAGACCCUCCGGAGAGUGUGGUGGCCAAACCUGUGCCCAAUAACCCUCGAAGACUGGAGGUGUCAUGGCAAAACCCCUCAUCGUGGCCUGAUCCUGAGUCUUUCCCACUGAAGUUCUUCCUGCGGUAUCGGCCUCUCAUCCUGGACCAGUGGCAACAUGUCGAGCUGUCGGAUGGGACAUCGCACACCAUCACAGACGCUUACGCUGGCAAGGAAUACAUCAUCCAGGUGGCAGCCAAAGACAACGACAUCGGCACGUGGAGUGACUGGAGUGUGGCUGUUCAUGCUACCCCCUGGACAGAGGAGCCCAAGCAUCUCACCACGGAGGCCCAGAUCACAGAGACAACAAGUGCUAGCACCUCCUCUUUCAUGGCACCACCCACAACCAAGAUCUGUGACAAGGGGGCCGUGGUGGGCAGUGGGGCCAUGGCAGUGUGUUGGACAGCUGGACUGGUCAUGGCUGCCUAUAGUGUCCUCUUUAUUUAAUAUCCAUCUGUCCAUCCGCCGCAGCCCAGCGCAGCCGCCUCCCCACCGCCCACCUCCGCCACCGCCCCCGCCCCGCCGCCCCGCUCCGGGUUGAGUCUCUUAGCUCUUCGAUUUUGCACACAUUGAGGACGUAUCACGCUUCUCGCCGCCACUUCGGAGGAGGACAGAGCUGCUGCCGUCCCCUGGGGAGCCGCAAAAUCCUCUCCCGGCCCGGAGCGAGGAGACACACCUCCGUGCCCCUUUCCUCAGCCAAGGGGAGCGAGCCGAGGGUCCCACUCAUACAGCGAAACCCCCCCACGCCAAAGACGUGCCCGCCGCCCCCGCGGCCGCGCACCGAGAAAAGGGGAUAUGAAAACGGGGGGGUGGUGAGGGGAAUGAUGCUCUAAGCUGUUGUACCCCCUUAUGGCAAAAGGGGGUCCCCCAAGGACUGGACUCGCUCCCCUGAGCUCUCGACCACGUGGCGAAUCUGGAGGGGUGCACGGAUCGGGACGGGGGGCGUCGUGGUCCCCUCCGAGGGGGUGGUGGAGGGGGGAACUGGUGGCUUUCACAAGUGCGAUGGGGAGCAGGGAGCUGGCGGGGUUUCAAUGGAAUAAAAAAAAGGAAGUGAAAUACCGAUAAAACCCCCCCUGCACCUUGCCGAGCACCUGGGAGAGCUGUCCCUCCACCUCCCCCUCCACAGCACCCUGCAGGAGCCUUCACCACCCCCAACCCCGACCCAACAUCACCCCCAAACUUUUAACUGUGUUGGAUACAGGGAAUCACCCUCAUUGAUGUCUUUGUCUCAUUCUCCAACAAAAGCAGAAUAGCUCUGCUGUUGCCUUUAGAGCUGGAGCCCUGCAGACCUGUGCCCCGCUGUCCCCCGCUGCCCCUGGCUGUCCCCAGCUGUCCCCAUGCCUGCUCUGCUCUCCGCCCUGUCCUGCCCGAAGUCCUGUUUUGUAAAGACACCUCCUCUUGGCCCUGCCUGGACCCAAGCGCAGUAUUUAAUACCAUACGUCCUAGUAUUCCCACUGUUGACAUGCUGUAUUUGAAUUUUUUAUAGAUGUAUAUAUAUAAAAAAAAAGAAAAAUAAUAAAAAAAAAAGUAAUAGAGGGGAUAAAACUAAGCUCACAGAGACAACGCACACACACACACACACACACACACACACACACACUCCAGGAGAGACUGUCUUCAUUAAAUGUUCAUUUCAUGAUGA